AUGUCCUCUCAAACCAUCAGAAUGGCGUCUGGAUAUAACUUCCCUUUAGUUGGUCUUGGAUUGUGGAAAGUACCGAGAGAUAAAACCGCCGAUCUUGUAUAUAAAGCAAUAAAGAGUGGAUACAGACAUUUCGACAGUGCUUACGAUUAUCACAAUGAAAAGGAAGCAGGUGAAGGAAUUAGAAAUGCAAUAGAAGAUGAUCUUGUAACAAGAGAGGAUAUAUUUAUCACCACAAAACUCUGGAACAACUACCAUGCGAAAGAUCACGCAUUAAAAAUGGCUAAAUAUCAGAAUGACACAUGGGGGUUGGGGUAUAUUGAUUUAUAUUUGAUUCAUUUCCCCAUUGCAUUAAAGUAUGUCAAUCCAAAAGAAAUUGAGUUCCCAUCCUGGUGGUGCGAUAAGAAUAGAAGUUUAGUUGAAACAGAGAGGGUCCCAAUGAGAGAAACCUGGGAAGCGCUCGAAUCCUUAGUCGACCUUGGAAUUGUGAGAUCAAUUGGUGUAUCAAAUUGUCUGGCUCAGACUAUUUAUGAUAUUCAAACUUAUAAUAGAUAUCCAAUUUCCUCCCUCCAAAUUGAACACCAUCCGUACUUAGUACAGCCCAAUUUAAUCAAAUUUGCUCAGGAAAAAAAUAUAUCUGUUGUUGGGUACUCCUCAUUUGGGCCACAAUCUUUCUUAGGGUUACCCGAAAAGUUUUCCGAAAGAGCCAAGAAUGUGACAAAUUUAUUUUCAAAUGAAGUUAUCGUGUCAAUUGCUGCUAAACAUAACAGGUCUCCUGCUCAAAUAUUAUUACGGUGGGCCACUCAAAAUAAUAUAGCAGUGAUCCCGAAUGCUCUGAUCAAGACUUAUUUGGAGCAAAAUAUAUGCUUGGAUUUCGAUUUGACUGAAAAGGAAAUUGAACUCAUCAAUAAUUUGGACCUUAAUUUAAGGUUCAACGACCCUGGGUUCUUCUUGAAGGAUCAAUAUGCAUUAAAUCUUUUUGAGUAG